AUGGAUAGUCUGAUGCUGUCAACAAAGUUUGACAUGGAUCAGACGCGCAUGAGAGUAGCAAUUUCUGCGAAUUCAUGCGCUGCUAACGCGAGUUGUUCUACACUUCGCACGGCCAAUUCGCCGGGAUCCGUUGAUGUCGACGUCAACAUCUCCGCAAUGACUUGCCCGCUCAAUGUGACAUUAGUAAUAGCUUUGCGACCUGCUGAAGAUAUUGACAUGACUGGGAAUGCCAGCACAUACACAGUCUCUUUGAUGAUCUUCACCAUCAAAGACAGGCUGAAACAUCUUCUAUGGCAGAUCUCUGAGCUGAAGGCUCGCAUUGCUACAGGCCAAGAAGUGGAUUCACAAGACGUCGCCGAGAACGUCAAGAAGUUGGCUGAAGCCUCCCGAUCUCGGGAUGAGCUGCUUCGGCGAGCCCAACGUGCUCGAGAGUGCCGAGCUACAGGCAGCCACGAGCGUUUCACCUUUCUCGCAGUUGGUGUAACCGGGACCGGGAAAUCGGAACUCUGCCGCUGGAUGACUGGAAACGAGACAGCCUGUCCAAGCAGUGACAGCUUGGGAUCGCACACUGAAGAAGUUCAGCAAGUGCCAGCACAUGCCUUUGCAGAUGCCUGUCAGCCCCUCAUUGAGUGGAUUGACACCCCAGGGAGAGGAGAUACAAGAGGCAAGAACCAUGAUGCCAAGCUUUGGAACAAUACCAUGACACAAUUGAAGGACGCGAAUACGAAGGCGACACGAAUUCAUCGCAUUGUGUGGGUGAUAAAUGCAGCAUGGAAGCGAGCCACCGACGUCCGUGAACUAAUGCUAAAGGAACUUCGCAUGUCCUUUGGGGUGGAUUUGUACAAGAACUUAGCGAUUGUGCUCAACUUUUUGCCCCGCACGGCCAACAAGACGGCGUACAGCGAAAUCAAACAGCGCCACAAGGAGCGGUUUGUGGAAUGGAUCAUGCAGCGUGAGGAUGUGAUGUUCCAGUGGCAUCCAGAUCUUCGGAAAGGCGUCGAGGAUGAGGUGAACAACAUAGAUAUCUAUGGAAUCAACAUCAACCCCAAGUACCUGAUGGAAAAACCCAGUGAUGUGCCCAUUUCAACACCGUACCUCAACCUCUUUUACCCCUUUUCCGAUGCUGGUGUGGACGACCUGACGGCUCUGCUUACAAGUACGGUCAACCAGACCCGUGGAGGCCAUAGCCUGUUGCUCGACAAUCCGCACCCGAGGGUUGGGCCUGGGCAAGCGAACAACGUUUCUCUGGCUUUGACAUGUGGGCCAUGGCAACGGCAUGGGCCAUGGCAGGGCAAAUUUGACUAUUGGAAACCUUCGAAGCGAGGGGACAAAUAUUGGGAACCUGGCGCCGCCUUGAUCACGUUUGAGGCACAUGGGAAGUACUUUUCUGAUGGCGACAAGGCUUUGCUGCUUCCAGAGUCUGCAAGCUGCGGGGAUCGGAGCGCUGAGCGUUGGCCAGAUCGGUGGCGGACAAAGGUGUUGAGCACCAAGCCACAUUUGCCGGGAAACCAGUCAACCACUUUUCAGUCAGAGUUUCAGGGCACACAAGUGUGCUUUUGUGAAGCUUCUGGUUGCAACGAAAGCUGGCGAUUCGGUCAGAAACUACCUUUCCAGCUUCCCGAGGACGAUUGCAACCCGCUCACGACAUAUUCAGUUGAUAGAACAAACCCAAAGAAAGUGGCAAAUCCUUGGAACCUGGUUUUAGUUGGCAAACGGGUUUUUGGGGUGCCUAGAGAGCCUGGCUUACCUAUGUUUGAAUACAGCAUGGAAGGCAGGAUGACAGACUACAAGGAAUACAUUUUCGAAGAAGAGCACCAAAAACAUUGGUUUCAGGCAGUCGUUUCCAACAACACCCUGUACCUGCUGGCCAAGGAGGGCAAGUUUUUCUUAUCUGUCGAUAUCAAUCAACACACGCCCAUGCCAGGGAAGCUUGUUGACACUCACACAGGUCUUACAAGUGACGGUUGGCACUUUUUCGGCAUGGCUGUAGUGGGGAGUUCUAUUUACUUAGUUCCUGGAAGAGAGUCAAAUGUCAGAAUCUUGGAUUUGGUCACUGGAACAUUUCGAUUAUCUCUUCCCCUGGAAGGGCUCCGAUAUGACAAGCAGUCGAGCAACAAGUUUGGAUUUCCUUGCGUUUCACAGAACAAAAUAUUUGCACCGCCAUGGGAGGUAGAGGCAUUCUUUGUGAUGAAUGUUCUGGAUGAAAGUGUGCCUGUGCAGAUCAAGCAUGUUGCGUUUGAACGCCGGAUGGCAAUAUGCGCUUGGAGUGAAUUUGUAGAAUUCGGUGGCUUUCUAUAUGCCAGUCCUUAUAAUGAAAAGACGAUCUUGCGCGUCGACCCAGGUGAUCUCACUUGGGUCAAACUGCAAGUGGGCCUAAGCCAGCCGCCAAGAUGGUCAGGACCUGCAGUUCUCGGGAAACGCAUUUUCUUUGCUCCCACAGAGGAUUUAGACAUGGUGCCUGUCUUGGAGACUGACACUCAAAAACUGAAGUAUCUUGUGGCAGAAUCUCUGGAACUGCCACAGAAUUUCAAGAAUCAGUUCUCCGCUGCACAGCGAACAGUUGUCGCAGUUGACAACACUUUGCAAUUUAGUCCUGGCUUAAAUGCGAAUGCCAUAAUGGUCGUUAACGUGUCUGCUGGAUUUGAGGAUUGA